CUGUAUGUUCCCCCCAGUUUAGUUCAGUGAGAAUACUCGUAUGAAGCAGUAGUGGAAAAAAACACACCAGCUGAUUUGGUUCUUGCUGUUUAUUGGAUACUUAUCUAACCAAAUAAUAAAAUUGAGACAAAAUUGUAAAAAAAUAUAAUUGAAAAAAAUGAUUGCCCAAAAUCUUUUAAGCAAAUUACGUCCUCUUGUUUCAAGAGCUAGUUUUGCCACCAAAGCAAGUGAACCAAAAUUCAAUUGGCAAGAUCCCUUAAAUUUGGAAUCACAAUUAACUGAAGAUGAAAUUGCCAUACGUGAUUCAUUCCGUAACUACUGCCAAACUACCCUAUUGCCCAGAGUAACCAAAGCAAAUCGUGACGAAGUUUUCGAUAAAGCUAUAAUGCAAGAAUUUGGUGAACUCGGUGCCUUGGGCUGUACUCUCAAUGGCUACGGCUGUGCUGGCGUUUCCAAUGUUGCCUAUGGUUUAUUGACACGCGAGGUUGAACGUGUUGACUCUGCUUAUCGUUCAGCCAUGAGUGUCCAGAGCUCUUUAGCUAUGGGUGCCAUUUACGACUAUGGUACAGCUGAACAAAAAGAAAAAUAUUUACCACUUAUGGCUCAAGGAAAAUUAAUCGGUGCUUUCGGUCUUACUGAACCUAAUCAUGGCAGUGAUCCAGCUGGCAUGGAAACUAGAGCUAAAUAUGAUAGUAAGAGCAAAUGUUAUAUUUUAAAUGGUUCCAAAACUUGGAUCACUAGCUCUCCCAUUGCCGAUGUCAUUAUUGUUUGGGCUAAGGGAGAAGAUGAUAAAGUACGUGGCUUUAUAGUGGAUCGUUCACAAUCUCCCAAAGGUUUAGCCACCCCCAAAAUCGAAGGCAAAUUUUCAUUGAGAGCUUCUGCUACCGGCAUGAUUCUUAUGGAUGAUCUUCAUGUACCCGAAGAAAACUUAUUACCAAAUGUUGUUGGUUUUAGAGGACCAUUUGGUUGUCUGAAUAAUGCUCGUUAUGGUAUUGCCUGGGGUGCUUUGGGUGCCGCUGAGGCUUGUGUCGAAGUUGCUCGUCAAUACACUUUGGAUCGUAAACAGUUCAAACGUCCCUUGGCCGCCAAUCAAUUGAUACAGAAAAAGUUAGCCGAUGCCACCACUGAAAUUGCUCUUGGUCUACAUGCCUGUUUGCAAGUUGGCCGUCUUAAGGAUCAAAAAUUGCACACACCCGAAAUGAUUUCCCUGAUUAAACGUAACAAUUCUGGUAAAUCAUUGGAAAUUGCUCGCGUUAUGCGUGAUAUGUUGGGUGGCAACGGUAUUGCCGAUGAGUAUCACAUCAUACGCCACGUUAUGAAUCUUGAAGCUGUUAAUACCUAUGAAGGUACACAUGAUAUUCAUGCUUUAAUUUUGGGUCGUGCUAUUACCGGUAUUCCUGCUUUUGCCAAUUAAAAUUUGAUGAGAAUGUAUGUAAAUAUUGAACAUAUUCGAAACAUUGCAUUUAUAGGUUUUUAUAUAUCGUGCCCUAAAAUUUUACACUUUAUGUUACAAUGUAAAAAUUUUUCUUGUCUUUUUCUUUAUAGAUUAAUAAACUGUAAUUAUGCAUUUAAGAUUAAAAAAGAAAAUAAAGUUGUGUAGCGUAAAAUGUAAAUAAAUACUUAUAUUAAUACUGAAUUCAAA